AUGGUUACUUGCUUCUGGGCUCCCUUAUACAGUAGCCAACCCCAAAAAGGGUGCCCCUAUUAUGGUAGGGUUACUGAGCUACUGAGGUACUUUUCUGUUGACACCGACUUGGACGAUGCCCUGGCGGCGUUUGCGGAGGCAGAUUCCGCUGCAGUCCUCAGCGAAGACAGCGACUUCUUCCGGUACGAAGGGGGCACCUUCCCCAUCUACGAAGGUUUUGAGAUUGUGCGGUCCAGGCUCGAGUUGAUACCCGCUUUCGGCUGUCGGGAGUCUGGCGCCAAGAAGCGUGUGCUGGGUCCGAAGCCAACGAUGGUUGGGAGGAUGCCCGCCUUCAUCGAUGUGCAACGCACCGGCAUCUACACUCGAGGGGCUUGCUCUCCACUCACCCGGAUGCUGGGAAAUCCGCACGCGUGGCUUCGGCCCCUUCGCCAGGCCCUCUACUCGCGUUUCGGGCUUGGGGCUGUCCGUGAGGUCUUUCCGAGCUGGGACGCUCGCGCGGGGAAGGUUGUUUGGAGCAACGAUGAGGUUCUGCCAGAUGAUGCCAUGGAUCACCUACUGGAGGAUCCUGUGCUGGCCUUGCAGAGAUUGGUUCCAGAUCUCGAGGAGCAGGUGCCGGCGGACGUCGACGCGGUGCUGCGCUGGAGGCACAUCUUCGGAGUGCAUGCUGUGGUUCAUGAGCUGUGCUGCGCGGCAAAGGACUCUUCUUUGUUCCGCGCUUUGGUAGAAGAUACGAUCCUGGCUGCUUCGGCACCUACGAAGCGCAGCGGUAAGGGCAAGGGAAAGCCUGGCAAGAACGCAAGGAGCUCGGAAGGCCAAAUUUCGAUUCUGGGGAACCGAAAAGGCCUACGGAGAGCGAAUCGCACUACAUGA